CCGGAGAAAAAAAAAAAAAGAUUUUAAACGAUUUCUUCUCAUUUUCGAGAAUAUUUCAAGUUUCAUCUCCAUCCCCAGAUUAUAAUACCCUAACUCGACUUCUUUUUCAUCAUUCUAAUGCUCAAACACAUGUGCAGUCACGAGCACAAGCAUAGCACACUCGCAAACAACAUCAUUGCGAUCACAGGCACAAAGAAGCGACAGCCCAGCCGCACACGCAUCAAUUACUCGCACAAACAAAGCCCGGGACAAAUACGCUCUCAUAAGGUCGCGAUGGAGAGGCGCCGAGCGUGGUCUUGGCAGAGGACGCAGGUGGCGGCGGCGAUGGUGCUGGCGCUGCUGGCUGGAGCUGCGAGUUCCCAGCGCCUCCCCCCGCCGUGUGACAGCGAGAUCUACUGCCACGGAAACCUGCUCCACACAGUCCAGAUGGCCCGCCUCUUCAACGACUCCAAGCACUUCGUUGACAUGAGCCUCAAGGCCUCGCCCAACGACACCCUGAGGGCAUUCCAGGACCUCAUGAACGAGACCGGGAACAAGCCGUCGAAGGAACAGGUGGGUGCCGGGGAGGGCCGGAUCUCCGAGGACGAGGACGAGGCCCUUGCAGCUUGCGGUUUCUGGCUCAGGCCGCCGCGCCGACGUAUUUCAAAGCGACAGUCGGCGGAAGAGCUUUCGCUGCAAAGGGAUAUUCAUGUUUUCUUUGACAAACGAGGAAAAUCCUAUUUAGUCAGAAUGCCUGGCGAUGGCGGCGGCGCUGGCGUUGGGGAACGUCCAGUGGCUGUAGUGGGCGCCGCAGAAAUAGGGAACAGGGACGACGGCGUAGGCGAGAAGGGGGGCAAGAGAACAGUGUUGAAUUCAGCCUGUCAGCUGAUCCGAGUGAGGGGCGCGAGGGCGCGAGGGCGCGAGGGCGCGAGGGCGCGAGGGCGCGAGGGGCGCGGGCGGGAGCGCGACACGUGCAGGGCAGCUCCCGUCCCCGCGACCAUGGUAAGCCACCCGCGCCUCAUGAGGGCGGCUCGCCUCCUGAUCGCCCGACCCCGCGCCUUCCUCGCUUCCUCUGCCGCGCUGCCUCGCUCUCCCACGACCAACGCCCGGCCCUUCUCCUCGCCCGAGAGACGCCGCGAGUUCUACGCGACUGACAGAGGGCGUUGCGCCGUGACGAGGGUGUCUCACGGCGAAGCAGGCGAUGGCGCGGGGGCUGGGCGGCCGCAGGACGUAGGCCGUGGGUCGGUAAUCAAACUCGAGGAGAGAGUCCUAAUGAAGCGUCCGUGGCAACAAUGGCGCCACGAGGUAAGAAGACCUGGUAUCGAGAGGAGACCUGGUAUCAAGAGAAGACCUGGUAUCAAGAGAAGACCUGGUAUCAAGAGAAGACCUGGUAUCAAGAGAAGACCUAUGUAUCAAGAGACCAUUGAUCACUGCUUGUUGGAGAUGCUGGGCGGAGAGCGACUGGAAGCAUUAGUUCUCCUGGCGAUGCUGGAGGCGGUGGCCGUGGCAUGGGACAGCCGCUGUGAUGAUUUUGUGAAGAUGAAUACUGCAGUGAGACGAUCAGCCCAGAACAACUCUUGCCUCGUGCAUUUCUCCUCCUGCUGUAGAGACAUGCCUCAGCUUCGUCUGACCCGCGACGCAGGCCCCGCAGGGCUCCCCUCUGCGCCGGGAGAGGCCCUCCCACGCGCCCCUCGCCGAGACGGAACGCUUGCCUGCGGCGAAAUAGGAUUUUGGAAAGACCGUAGACCUAGUCUGAGGCCAACUGCGUCCGGCCAUCGUUUCCCCUCCGUGUUACAGCCCUUGAAUCCCUUCGUUAUUGCUGCAUUUUUAAAUCGUUUGAAACAUAUUUUUCCACUCGAAAUCUUGCCCGAGGACUCUAGCUAUUUUCCUUCUCUUGAGUGUCAAGUUUUGCUUAUCAUUUUGUAUGUGUUCUUAUUAAAUGAGGCCGCCCCUCAUUUACUUCUAAGAAAAUAUAACAUCAUACGUCAUGUAACAAACACACAUACGCACAUAUCUAUCUAUCUAUCUAUCUAUCUAUCUAUCUAUCUAUCUAUCUAUCUAUCUAUCUAUUUAUCUAUCUAUCUAUCUAUCUAUCUAUCUAUGCAUAUCUUUGUGGAUCAGAGUGAAGGCAUUUCCAUGAGUGGAGGAAACGGAGUGCACCGGAGAGCACCCGCCGUGGCCUCACCUGGAUUCCCACUAAUCGCCCUCCUAUUCCCUCCUUCCAGCCCCGAGUUCCUGGACAAGGUGGUGGAUCCAGAGCUGCAGCAAUGGGGAAACAAGCUGAACGACCUCUGGAAGGACCUCGGCCGCAAGAUUUCAGACGACGUCGAGAGGAACCCGGAAAAGUACUCGCAGAUCUUCGUCCCGAAUCCUGUCAUUGUACCUGGUGGGAGGUUCAGAGAAUUCUACUACUGGGAUUCGUACUGGACCAUCGAUGGCCUUCUGCUGACGGGGAUGGAGGAGACGGUCAAGGGGAUGCUGGAGAACUUCAUCCAGAUGGUGAACGCCUAUGGCAUGGUGCCCAACGGCGGCCGCGUCUACUACACCCGCCGGAGCCAGCCGCCCUACCUCAUCCCGAUGGUUAAGCUCUACAUGGACAAGACGAACGAUCUCGAGUUCCUCAGGACGCACAUCGACCAGUUGGUGGAAGAGUUUGAGUUCUGGGAGAACGAGCGUUCGGUGGAGGUCCAGGGAAGGUCAGGCAGGCCGUACAAGGUUGCUCAAUACAGGGCCGAAGUGGGAGAGCCCCGGCCGGAGUCUUACAGAGAGGACUAUGAGCUGGCUCAUAAUCUCAGGACCGAUGAAGCCAAGGAACAGCUGUACGUGGAACUCAAGUCAGGUGCUGAGUCUGGGUGGGACUACUCCACACGCUGGAUCAUCAACAAUAACACUAAUAAAGUUGGCGUGUUUAUGAUAGCACUAUACUUCGUGUGUCCUUUUUUGGUCCAUGGGAAAUACUCCUUGCUAAUUGUUAUGCUAUUGGCCUUAGGGCUCUGGGAGAUGCCCUCAACACCAACUGACAAGGGAACACUGCAAGACCUCAAGGUGACGUCCAUUGCCCCCGUGGACCUGAACAGCCUCCUCUGCAGCAAUGCGUUAACCCUUGGUCAGUUUUACCGGAAGCUUGGGAACUACACACUUGAAAGGAAAUUCUCCAACCUCGCCGAGGAGAAAAACAAAACCAUGGCAGAGCUUUUCUGGGACAGCACGGAUGGCACGUGGUAUGAUGUGGAUAUCAAUACACAGCAGAAGAGAAGAUAUUUCUACCUCUCAAACAUCCAUCCCAUCUGGAGUGGAUGCUACGGACAGGAGGAUUCCCGGGCUCACACCAUUGACAAAGUUAUCAGCUACCUUAAAAAGAUUAAAGUCCUGAACCAUGUUGGUGGUGUACCAACAUCCCUUGUUGAAAGUGGUGAGCAGUGGGAUUUCCCUAAUGCAUGGGCUCCUUUACAACACCUGGUUAUAAUGGGACUCUACAAUGCCCGCUUCAUCCACCACGAGGCGGAAAAUCUGUCUUUGAGCUUGGCUGAGAAGUGGGUCCGGACAAACUGGCAGGGCUAUCAGCAGUCAGUGCCAAAUGCAAUGUUUGAAAAAUACAAUGUAAGCAUAAUUGGCCUACCUGGAGGAGGGGGAGAAUAUGAUGUCCAGUUAGGCUUUGGCUGGACUAAUGGCGUGGCAUUGCGUCUCCUAGAAACCUUCAGUGAUCGUCUAACUGCAACUACUGGCGGAAGUUCUCAUCCAAAGGGUGCCUCUCUUGGCAUGAUGAUCUUAAUAGCUCUUCUUCCUUUGUCACUGCAAACAUUUAUUCACGCUUUCCCUUAAGAACUUUCAACUGCUUUAGACAAAAUGGUAUUUAUACUGGGAAUGGGUAUGAAUGGGUAUGACAGCUUAAUAUCUUUUAUUUAACGUCUUCAUCCUUAUUCAAUGUUAUAUGGUGACACUGGUACAUUACUGUCUAUUAAUGGUGCAUUUAUUUAUAAUUAUUUUGUCUCUGACCAAAUGCAGUUUGAAGUGAAAAAUAAGAUUUCAAAUAAUAUAAUACUGAAAAUUUCCUUUCAAAGACAUUUAGUUUUAAGUUAUAUACUUUAUUAAUCAAAUCUCUUUGAAUGUACAUAGAUUACAAAAAUUGGAUAUUCUUAUUGUAUUAGAAGAUAAUAGUGAUUUAGUCUUUAUGAUCUCCAGUUGUGUGAUGCCUAUGUAAUAAGAAUUUCUUCUGAUAUACAGUAUUGUUAAUAGAGUGAUUAUUUUUAAUUCAAAUAAAAACUUUACUUUAGUAAAUGUUAGUAUGGACUUAAUUCUGUAGCUAUGUACAUUAUUAUAUUAUGGUAUUUAUAUGAGAAUAUGCAAUCUUAUGUUAGUUUUUGAUAAGAAUGAGGAAUGAUAUUACAAAUCUCAAAUGGGCAAGAGUUUAACUCAGUAAUCAAAAAUAAAGAUGCCUGUUAGUUUAUAUCUAUGAGAAUGGACUUUAUGCCAAAGCAAAAUCUGUUAUCAACAAUAUCCCUUUAUAGACCAAUAGUUUUCAAGCAAGUUCAUGAUAGAUUUUUCACAGUUUGCUGUUGUAUAUAUAAAUUCAUUGGUCAUCCAGACUUCACCUUCCCACCCAAAGUCUUGAGGCAUUUUAACUAAUAUGCCAAAAACCAAAAAACUCCUACAGAUCAAACUGCAGUCAUGUGAUAAUUGGCAUUAGCUUAGGUUAGGGACAAUGAUUAAAAAAAAUAUGUGUUAUUUGUUCUUUUAGCAGAACUAUGAGUUCAUUGUAGCACAAACUUCAUAUUCAGGUUUGUGUGUAUGUGCAGUUGUGCGUGUGUGCUCACGUGUGGGAUUGUGCUGUUAUUAAUGUGUAUUUGGUAACCCGGUCACACCAAACUACACACACUAAUGAUCAUCCAUGUAUAUCCCCAUGCAUCCAUGUAUCAACAUUCAUACGGAGUAUAUACACAUACAUGAUGUACAUACACUGGAGUGAUCAGUUUGUUGAAGUUUAGAAUAUCAGGUUUUAAAUUCAAUAUGAAAUUUAAAGUAAUCCAUAUGAUGUCUUUGAUGAAAUAAAGUUAAAGAAAAACUGUUAAUUGUGAGGGGACAUUAAGGGCAUCUAGGUAGAUAUACCGUGUGAUGUAACAUGUAAUUCUGAUAUUAAGUUUAGGAGAUUACACAGUUAAAGAAGAAGCUGUUAAGCAUGUAUGUUAUUAGAUAAUGUAUAUUUUCUCCUUGUUAUUAUUAGGAUUUGAAUAAUUAAUAAGCUUCUGGUUUAAGUGACAGAAUAUUGUACCCAUCAUAGACCUUGAACAGGGAUGAUUUUGAAUCACAGAGAGGUAGCUAAAACAAGUGCUGUGUCAUUUUCUUACAUUAAGCUAUAUUUAUUUCAGCUUUUUAUCAAGGAAUCAUGACAUAGUAAACAGGUUAAUGUCAUACUAUUCAAAUAAAAAAUAAAACAAAGCAUUAUAGCACACUAAAUUUAUGGUAUCUACUGUAUUUAUUUAUAUUUAUUGAUUGCUGAUAUAAACCAUAAAUUACAAGUUUACAGCACUGUAAAUAGAGUAUUUGUGCAGCCAGCUAUGAUGAAGUACAUACAAGAAUUUUAAAAAUCAUACUGGAUGAAGUAAACUGUGAGAGUAAGUACUACAUACAAAAUAAUAUACAAAGAAAAAAUAGCAUUUGUCAAUGAAGAAUUAAUCAAAGGGAAUAGUAACCAAAUGCAAAUUUAUUCUUACUACCACAAACACGCAUUCCCAAAGGGGGAAUAUGUUUGUACUUGUGGCAUUGUUUUAUUAGUUGUGUUCUCUUAUAGUAUACUUUAGAGUCGAGAGCAUCUGUGAGAUUUUUUUCACUUUAGGUAGCAAAAAGUAUUUAAUUUUUGCUUUAGUUAUAUUAUUUUGUUGAUGUAAAUGUGUAAAUGUACACUUUGUUCUGUUCAUGCAGACAGUAUUCUGGCCUUUUACAAGAGUCUGAUUUAUAGGCAUUACACAAAUUUCUAAAGAAAGAGAGAAUGCUUCCUUGUAAAUAUGAAUUUAAAUACAAAUAAGGAAUUUAAAUAUUUUACAUCUAAUGGUCUAGAUCUCAUUUAGUCAUCAAAUAUGCUGUCUUUAGUUGUUUUUCUUUAUUUAUUUACUUGUUAAUGAUACAGGUCUGUUGUCUGCAUGAAUAAGACUGACUGCAGGCUAUCAGUGCAACCUGAGUGAUAAGUUAGUGUUGCAUGUGUGGACUGAAUUUUAAUAGGACUUCUUGAUAGUGGAGCUUGACAAAUAGCCUUUUUGUCUUGGCAUCUUGUGAAUGUCAGAUCCAAUAGUUUUAAAUACUGCAAAUUGCAUAACAAAGAUAUAAAAGAUUACUUACAAAGCAUUUGAAAUAUAAAAUGCUAUCAGAGGCAAAAAUUUCAACUUAAUUCUCUAUGAUGAAGUCUUAACAAAAGUCAAUUGAAUGUAUUUAGUAGUAUGAAGUGUUUCAUGUGUUUAGAGCCCACAAGGUAUCAAAAUAUUCUUUGUGAUAUUUAGAUAUCUCUUUUUUUAGUAAAAUGUAAGAUAUUUGUAGAGAGAAAGGAAGGAGAACAGGAAAACAGAUCCACACCCGGCAUUAUGUGACACUGUAAC